AUGCCUCCACAACUACUGCCAGCGUCUGCGGCGGCAUUUGCCCCCAGGGCCUCCUCCGUCAAUGUCGUCCUCGGUUCGGGACGUCCAGAGCAGUGGCUGACAGCAACAUUAAAGAGGAUCAACCGGGUAAAACGUCCCCUCAACAGCGUCAUGCAACACCAAAGAUGCCUGACUGAAACCCUGUCCAAUUCGAACGCCAUAUGGACCCUGACCUCUCUGAUGCUGCCCAAAGCCCCGGAGUCUGAGUUGAGGAAGGACGCAAACCCUCUUGUUGAGGCUCUGUUCAACUACCAGCUCCUCCAUGUGGAGGCUUAUGUUGUCCACGUGGAUAUGGUCCUGAGGAACGAGGUCGGGUACAAGCUCACGCCUGACACUAUUGAGUCGCUCAUAGAGUAUCACAAGGAGAUACACUGUGUCAACGCCAAGGCCGCCACCCACGAGUGGUCGGAGAAGGACCAGCAAUGCAAGAAGCUACACGAAGACUUUGUUCAGGCCAUCAACAAGUUCGUGUAUCGCACGCAUGUCUCAGCACUCGAGGGACUCGAAGAGGAGGGAGCCGGCGAGCUACUCAACGGGAAGAGCGAGGAAGUGAAGACUCAGCUCAUGGGACUCAUGAAGCCGUUGUUGCCCCCGCCACCCAGAAUUGUGGACGUGAUACGCCAACCCCCUCUGCUCCCGAGCUCACCAGCCAGCGCAGGCUUUUGGUCCCAGCCCACAACGCCUUCAAGCGCUCCUGCCCCAGUCGAUGCUUGGAGGAUUCUGCCUUCCAGCCCAAGCGUUGUGACAACCUCUGCAGAGUCGGGUAUGCCCGCGAUCUGGGCGAACAUGGGCAUGAGCGAGGCCUCGCUUUCCCCCCAGACACCGUCUUACAGCCAGCCUUACUCUUCGGCCGGGUUCUUCUACAGCUCACCAGUCGCGACGACGCCUAUCCCAUCCAUUCCGCAACUACCCCUGCCUAGCAUGCUCACGCAACAGUGCGGUGUAAGCGUCGGGUACGGCGGCUUUGGGUGGGACCACAACCGCUAUCAGGAGUACACGACAACCAUGUGA